GGGAGGCAGAGAGACACAGCGAAAGACAGAGAGAGAGAGGCAACAUCAGAGACAGUUAGGCAGGGAUGCACCAAGUGAUAACAGACCCCAGAAGGCACAUCGUUAAGGAGAUACACACUUGCUUUACUUCUUGAUGGCACAGCAUCUGUCUAGUCUAAGGAUUUUAAACCAGGCAAACACAAAUGAGAAAGGAAUCUACCAUAAUAGGAAUGACAGCUUACUCAUACUAAAACCGGAGACCUUGCCUGAAAGGUCUUAAAAGUCUCACCAACAGUCCUGAAAUUGGCCUCAUUUUCCAACACGUUUGUGUCAUACAGUGUGACUCAAAGCGUGCUGCUAAACCAGUAGGGAGUCGGGACGGGAGGGAUUAGCCAAUCGGAGGUGAGAGAUGUGGACGCAGGGGCGGUGGACGGCACUAACAGUGUUGUCGAUAAUCUUAGUGCUGUCAAAGGAGGCGGUUUCAAUUGAAGUCCCACUAGACCCAAUGAUCCAGAAAGACUUGAAACAACCCCCCACUAUUGUGAAGCAGUCACUGAAGGACUACAUUGUAGACCCCAGAGAUAACAUCAUCAUUGAAUGCGAGGCCAAGGGGAACCCAGUGCCAACGUUUGAGUGGAGGCGGAAUGGGAAGUUUUUUAACGUGGGGAAGGACCCGCGGGUGACCAUGCGCAAACCGUCGGGGUCGCUGGAGAUUAGAAGUAGCGGGAAACCAGAAGAUUUCGAGGGAGAGUACCAGUGUUUUGCCACCAACGAUUUUGGCACGGCAAUUUCCAACAAGAUCCUGCUACGAGUGUCCAAGUCUCCUCUGUGGCCAAAGGAGGUUCUGAAGCCGAUGGUUGUGCGUGAAGGGUCGUCGCUCGUCCUCACCUGCAACCCACCUCCUGGCCUACCUCCUCCUGAAACCUUUUGGAUGGACAGCUCUAUAAUGCCUAUAACACAGGACAAGCGGGUGUCUAUGGGUUUGAAUGGUGACCUGUACUUCUCCAAUGUUCUUGCUAAAGACGCCAGCACCGAUUAUAGCUGCAACGCUCGCUUUGAGUUCACACACACCAUUCAGCAGAAGAACCCUUACAUCCUUAAAGUCCAAACUAAUGAACCGUAUAAUGACACCUUUGUCAACUCCACUGACCCGUACAGUGUACGUAAUGUGCCAGAAACACAGCCCAGCUUUCUGUCUCCAAAAGGCGGAUCCAGCUCCAAAAUGGUGCUACGAGGAGAACAGCUUCUGUUGGAGUGUAUAGCUGCUGGAGUCCCAACCCCUACAAUCGAAUGGUUUAAAAGAGGAGGAGAUCUUCCGUUACAGAAGGUCAAGUUUGAGAACUUUAAUAAAACUUUACGUAUCCUCAACGUGUCAGAGGAAGACGCCGGGGGAUAUACAUGCAUGGCCAGCAACAAGAUUGGCAUAAUUCGCCAUUCCUAUGAAGUCCAGGUCAAAGCUGCUCCCUACUGGCUCGAUAAGCCCACCAAUCUUGUGCUUGCCCCUGAUGAAAAUGGACGACUGGUAUGCCGAGCCAAUGGGAACCCAAAGCCAAGUAUCCAAUGGCUGAUGAAUGGGGGACCUAUAGAGAGUUCACAGUCAAGCCAUGAAGUGCAGGGUGAUACCAUCAUGUUCCAUUCGGUGCAGAUCGGCAGCAGUGCGGUGUACCAGUGCAAUGCUUCUAAUGAGCACGGAUACCUACUGGCCAAUGCUUUUGUCAGCAUCCUAGACAUGGCUCCACGGAUGCUAGGUCCGAAGAACCAACAGAUUAAAGUCAUUGAAAAUAACAGAACCUUUCUUGACUGCCCUUUCUUUGGCUCACCGUUUCCUACGCUCCGUUGGUUCAAGAAUGGCCAAGGCAGCGGUCUUGAUGGUGGGCAGUAUAAGGUGUAUUUCAAUGGUACUUUGGAAAUCACACAGGCUCGGCCAGAAGACCAAGGCACCUACACCUGUGUCGCCAGCAAUAUGUUGGGCCAGGUGGAUAAUCAGGUGCGCCUGGAGGUCAAAGAACCGACAAGAAUAGUUCGGGCCCCAGAGGACAUGACUGGACCUAAAGGAAGCACAGCUCGUUUUGACUGUCGAGUUAAACACGACGCAUCCCUUCCCGUUACUGUCACAUGGCUGAAAGAUGACAAGCCUUUGAGCUUAGGCUGGCUGAGCCGGAUAAAAAAGGAUGAUGAAUCCAUAACUAUUCCCAAUAUCAAUCCAGAGGAUUCAGGAACAUAUAGAUGCACUGCCAAAACUGAGAUAGAUGAAUACUCAGCAUCAGCUCGCCUUACAGUAUUAGUGGGUGACAAUCCUGACCCAACUCGUAGUCCCUUCGCAGGUCGACCCGACCCCCCUCUGGAUCUUGAGCUGUCUGAUCCCUCAGCUCGCAGAGUCAGACUCACCUGGGUGCAUGGAAAUGAAAACAACAGCCCAGUUACACAGUUCCUCGUCCAAUUUGAGGAGGACAAGUGGGAGCCGGGAAAGUGGCAGAAUCUGUCAGUGCAUGAUGGCAAUCUAAACUCAGUUAACCUGCAGUUGUCACCAUUUGUAAACUAUCAGUUUAGAGUCAUAGCAAUCAACGCCGUGGGCCAGAGUGAACCCAGCCAACCCUCUGCACGCUAUCAGACCAGCGGUGCUCCUCCUGAUGUCAUUCCAAGUGCUCUUAAAGGUUGGGGAAACAAAAAGAACAACAUGGAGGUCACCUGGCAGGCCCUGAAGAACACAGAGAGGAACGGGCCGAACCUGCGAUAUAUGCUGUGGUGGAGAUUAAAAGACACAAAUGAAGAGUGGAGCCACGUAACCACCACAGGAGCAAAACACACGAUCCAUGAUACAGGCACUUAUGUUCCUUAUGAGCUAAAAGUCCAAGCCGUCAAUGAUUUUGGGUUCGGUCCUGAGUCUGAUAUUGUCAUUGGUUAUUCUGGGGAAGACAAACCGUCAGCAGCACCUACAGAUCUCAGGGUGUCGAAAAUCAACAGCACCAAAGUAAACAUUCACUGGAUCCCAGUGGACCCCAGCACUGUGAACGGAGAGUUUAGGGAAUAUAAAUUGUACUACUGGAGGGAGGCCAGUCUGAUAAAGGGCCUGAAAGUCAACAGGACAAAGCUUCAUAAAGGUUUCUACACAACAGCAGAACAGCCCUCUGGCAUCCUGACUGAACUCUAUCCUUACAGCAAAUACAAGAUGUACAUGGUCGUGGCUAACAAAGAAUACGAGGGACCACAAAGCAACAUUGUGGAGUUUCAAACUAAGGAGGGAGAACCUGGAGCCCCAAAAUACUUCAAGAUUCAGAAGCACACGGACGUGGUUCACCUGAAGUGGGACAAACCCCUGGAGCCAAACGGUGUGCUGAUUGGAUACACGCUUCAAUACCACACAGUGAAUGGGACACAGAUGGGAGAGAGAAAGGUUCAGAGCUUUCCAGCCAACGUGACAGAGUACACCAUGAACCUUCCUCACCGCUUCACGCGAUACAAGUUUUACCUGGCGGCUCGCACACAGGUUGGGGCAGGAGAGGUGUACGCCGUAGAAUCGCCACAUUUUGCUAAUGAAGGCACCCCAGAUACUGAUUCUCCAGUUGUAGCGGUUACCUUUACAGAUGCCUUGAUGUUUGAAACCCCUCCUUCUCCUCCUCCCCCUCCCCUUCCCACCGUCCCAGUCCCAGCAAUACUUACCCCAGAACCAGCCACACCUGCCCCACCCGCCCCUACAACUGCUGCUCCACCUAAACCUACUACUAUCGCAACUACAACCACAACUACAACUACAACUACAGUUCUUCGUGUUCGGCCUGUUUCUCCUAAAAAUGUGGAUUGGAAACUGCUGGCCCCGAAUGUAAAGAUCUGGAAUGUGACCGUGGAUGCAAACAAUGACUAUGCUGUCAGCUGGAAGCACAACUUCUCCAUUGACAGCGGUGCAUUUGUGAUAGAGUACACGUCGGAGAGUAAUGGGUUGAUGAAAAGCAUACAAGUAAAGCACAAGCCUCCCAUUAAGCUGGCCGAUCUGUUGACCGGGGUCAAGUAUCGGUUGCGGGUGUAUUCCCACGAGCACAACACCAUCAGCAGCGACUAUGUCACGUUCGAGACAGGCAGAGCCUACAAGGAGGCCGAAGACAUUGCUACUCAAGGCUGGUUUAUUGGACUCAUGUGUGCCGUCGCUCUGUUGGUACUCAUCUUGCUUAUUGUCUGCUUCAUUAAGAGGAGCCGUGGAGGUAAAUACCGAGUGACAGAAAAGAAAGAUCUCCCAUUAGAUGCUGUUGACCAUAAAGACCAAGAUGGAUCAUUUGACUAUCACAGCAGCGAUGAAGACAACAAGCCUUUGCAGGGCAGCCAGACCUCUCUGGAUAGGGAUGUUAAAGAGAGUGACGACAGUCUGGUAGACUAUGGUGAAGGAGGAGACGGUCAGUUCAAUGAAGAUGGCUCCUUCAUUGGCCAAUACACAGUUAAGAAGGACAAAGAGGAAACGGAGGGAAACGAGAGUUCGGAGGCCACAUCACCUGUAAACGCUAUCUACUCUCUGGCAUAGCACCUUGAGCCGAGGACGGUGACACCAGCAGGCCAGAGGGUGCAACUUCACAAAUAGAAAGAAAUAUAUAUAUAUAUAUACAGCGUUAUGAGAAAGUAGUCACAUACAAAGCACCGGAGUGCAUGAUUCUUCUAAACAAGGUAUUGGGAAGAGAAGAAAUACAGGAACGAUACCUGUGUCCCCGAGGCCCCACACAGACUUUAGUGUGCCCUCAGGGCAAUGGGGUGGAAACUUGAAACUUUCAAGCAUUUUGUGUGGCUUUUGCUCUUUUUUAUUUUAGGAAUUGUUCUGCCCCUCCGUCUUAUUUACUGUAGCUAGCAUCAAAGAAACGGAAACAUAAGCACCAGUUCUGUGACAUAUAUCAACUGUGUGCCGACGCAACUUCAGAAUGUCAGCAAAGACUUUAUCAUAUUGAUAUUUCCGCAGCAAAGGAAUUUUUCACAGCUGAUAGAUGCGUCCAAACCGAUUCUGGAUACAGUGCCGGCACAGGUUGCUGUGCUAUACAAAGCUAUGCACUAUGUAUUAUCACAUCUUGCUUUUGGGUUGAACUCAUGUUUCCUUUUCUUUUUGGUGUUGACUGCAAAAACAGAACCUCUGGUCCGUGAAGUGCUACAGUAUAUUCUUGUAUGUGCUACUGGACUGAUAUCAUGCUUUCAUUUGCCAUUGACCUGAAGCUUUGUUUAUAAAUUUUCAUUGGCUGCAACUAUAAAAUGCCACCGAUAUUUAUAGGCUGAGGUUUAGAUGGCAUAACUUGUAAAUGACGAUAAAAAAGACACUAUUUUGAAGCAUGGUAGUAUUUUAGCGCAAAGGACAAUGGAGAGGUCAAGAGUCAAAAUCUCUUGAUAAAUACGCAAUGAUAUAUUCAUUUUUUAUA